AUGGAAGAAUUUCAAAUUGCUUUAAAUUUAAAAUUAAUAAAUGAUAUUAAAUCAGUUAAUUAUGAAAGUAAAGUUCUAAUUGAGUUCGCAAGAUAUUAUCAGAAUAUUGUUGAUAUAAUUGAGCAGUUCAACAAAAGUUUUGGGAUGCAUCUGACCAGUUUUAUAACUGGAACAACAUUUAUGAUUAUUCUACUUAUGGAUUUUCUGGCCAUUCAGAUAAUCCAACAUGAUUCUUGUCUUAAAAUCUUCAAUCUGUUUGUUUUUGACAACAAACUGGUACUGGAAUUAUUAUCAAUUAUAGCAAGCUACACAAUUGUUUUGAUUCAGUUUAAUAUCGAGCAAGGCAAUAAGGAAUUUUAA